AUGACGUGCGCUGACAUGCUGCAGUACCACCCCGGGCCUGUGGGGGUGGACCCUGACAUGCUGCAGUACCACCCCGGGCCUGUGGGGGUGGACCCUGACAUGCUGCAGUACCACCCCGGGCCUGUGGGGGUGGACCCUGACAUGCUGCAGUACCACCCCGGGCCUGUGGGGGUGGACCCUGACAUGCUGCAGUACCACCCCGGGCCUGUGGGGGUGGACCCUGACAUGCUGCAGUACCACCCCGGGCCUGUGGGGGUGGACCCGGAAUGA